AUGAACACGAUGAACAUCACACCUUUACUCAACACGCGUACUCCCGCAUUCAACGCUAUCGCGGCUCGGGUACAAGGCGCGGAUGCGGACGAUGUGGACAUUCUGGAGCGGGAUGAAGAGACAGACGCAGAGGCAAGCGACGAUGACGAGGCCAUCGACGAAUCCGAUGAAGGCAGUGUUGAAGACAUGAGCAACGACCGCGGCUCAUCAACACCGAGCGUCAAGACCGUGGUAGUGCCCCAAGACUCGGACGACACAGCGUUCACACAUGACAUAUUGGACCCGGAAGAUUUGCCUGACCUUGGUGACGAUCUCGAUACCGCCAAAUGGACAAAGCUCGCACUCUGGCAAGAAGGCGGAUACGAGGGCAUGCUGAAAGUACUAUUGAAGGAGGAGAUCGCGGCUCAUUGUCACGACUCUGCUACCGCAUCAAACACCGAAGAGCAGUUCAUCCUCGGUCCGGCGCGCAUGAUGGUCGCUUCUAUGGAUAAGGACGUCCUCAAGGCCAUGAUACGCGGUAAUCUGGCUCUCCAAGAGAAGAGCGACAGUGUCAUCAAGGCGCAGUUGGAUGAGAUAUACGUUGAGGCCAAAGACAAACCCUCCAUCUACUACCAGCUCUUCGUUGACGAUAACGGCCAGUCGCCCACGCCAAACGAACUCGGCAUCAUUCUAGAUACUAUGGAAGAAUACGUCAACGCUACAAACCACACCCUCGCUAACAAGAUCGAUAACGUCAAGAAACCGCACAUCGAUCUGCUCAAAAGCCAGAGUGGGUAUAACAAGUACACAUAUACCAGCUCAGGAACAGAGAAAGACAACACAUACCGCGAGUUCCAGUCCGCCGCCAAAGUCAAAGAGAUCACCCGCCUGAUCGAGAAAAUACGAGCACGACUGAGCGGCUUGCCACCUCAGCACCACAACAAGCCAUUGAAGCAUCCACCAGUUCACGUCGGAUAUUCAACCCGCUCCCAGGCCCGCCUGAAGAAACACGCCAACCACUCGUGCUCUCACCCCGCCAUGAACCUCGCCGAAGCAAUCGCUGCCGUACUCUUCGCAAACAACACUCUUCCCAAACUAUACAAGAUGACUCAGUACAUCAUCUACAUCUGCCACACCGCAUCCCACGCAUCUCUUUCCGAGAUCCUACUGACCAGGCUGGCCGAAGGCUACAUGGGCAACGGAGGAGGUUUCAGCCGCUAUCCCGCAGCCCGAAGCGCCGCCUCUGCGCUCAAGACGUUGGAACAGGAAUGGGACAAGUGUGCUCGACAUGCGAUUGAGCGGUCGCCGCUGAGGAAGAACCUAAAAAGCGACUGCGAGCGAUUGAGGAAGAAUCUUGCGGAUGCGGUGGAAAAGAAGUCGAGUCUGCUUAUGGAGUCCGCCAACCAUGCGUUGCUCGCAAGAGCGAAGGAAAUGAAUGAGAGGAGGAAAGCUGGGCGGGAGGAAGCGGGUCCGGAGAUACACUAA